AUGCUGAUUCGUGAGGGUCUUCAAUGCCCUUAUCCAUUCAAUCCUGCGGGCAAUGCUAUACUCACCUUGGCUGGGGACGCGAUUCUCCGCCAGAUUCUUGUCGAUCAGGGUCGAGCCAGAGGAAGAUCUCCGAAAGAGAUCCAGAAUGUCAUCGAAAAGGUGGCUCCCAAUGUCAACCUGUAUGAGAAGGGUCUUGCCCUAGGUCUUGACCCUUACAUCGUCAAAAAUCCGAGCCAGCGGAACGAAGUCGCUGGGAAGAUUGUCAUGGCUACUACCAUGGAAGCCAUCCUUGGUGCAGUCUACUAUGACUCCAACAAGAACCUCGGUGCUUGCGAGCGGGUCAUGUCUGUCCUUGGCCUCUCCUGGCCCGAGUGA